AUGUCGAGCCUCGAUAUUGAAAAGAUCGAUAGAAAAACGUGCGAAGACGCGAUGCAGCUCAUCAGACUUUAUUAUGAGGUAAUCGAUCGACGCCGUGAGCGAUUGGGAUUCAUGUAUGCGGAAGGAGCGAGUCUUGUUUGGAAUGGAAAUUCCGUCAAUGGAUCACAAGCUAUUGGAAAAUUUCUCACAGAGAUUCCCGACACGCAACACGAGGUGAUAUCAGUGGAUGUGCAGCGAUUCUCACCGUUGGCUGCAGCGCCGUUUGGUGGAGAUGCGAUGACAGCACUCAUUGCUGGAGGUGUGAUAAUCGAUGGAAUCUAUCACAGUUUUACCCAGUCGAUGUUGUUGAUGAGGGAUCCGUUGAGCGAGAAAUCGAUGAUUCUCUCCGAUCGCUUUCGUUACGUCGAU